AUGUCCACCUCCGAUCAACGUCGGUCUUCAAUAUCGGACGAUGAUGCCAAGCUCAAAGAUGCAAGUCAUGCCAAUAAACAAGACCCAAUAACCACAAGCCUCGAUAAUACUGGAUCUGAGAACGCCGCCAAUAUGGCAGAACAGGAGACCGGUGAGCCAGAGCUCCUACAUAUCGACCCAUCUCCCAUGGACGAGCCAGCAACCAAGAGCAGCGCAAGCACACACGAUGCCAACCCUGAGCGAUUACAAGAGUUAUCACUAUCCGUGAAGAAACCAGAUAGUCUCAGCGUUCAAACUCAAAUUGACGCACCGCCUCCACCUCCACUGAAAGACGACGCAUACAUCGAUCCUACCCCAAAGACCCCUCAAGCACCUCGUUCCCCUUUGGGGUUACCGUCCGAAUAUACCGAGAAAGAACUCCCGAGCGUGCCUCAAGAUGAGCAGCUCGAAGAUAGACAGAAAGGUGGCGAAGUCAACGAUGACGAUCAGUCGGAGAUACAGAGCAUAAUGGAACAAUUCUCGGACGAAAUGAAAGGGCCCAACGAGACAGAAAUUAUGUCUCCGCGUUUAGAGCUUGCCGAACAUUUCAUGGGCCAACAGAGCCAAUUCCCACAGCGCAAAUCGAGCCUCGAGCCACUUCCACAGAUCGCAAGCAAUUUCCCGACAUCCUCUGGCCCAUCUUCCGUACCAUCACCUAUUAUCGUUCCAAAGUCCGCACCAAAUGCCGGAGCUGAUGUGCCCGGAACCCCACAGUCGACGUCGUCGAGAACAGGGCUGCCACCCCCUGAGCCAGAACCAGACCAACCGUUUGAUUUCCAUCGUUUCCUUGAGCAGUUGCGCCACCGAACCGCCGACCCAGUCGCCAAGUUCCUGCGUUCAUUCUUGACGGAGUUUGGUAAGAAACAAUGGCUGGUACAUGAACAAGUGAAGAUCAUUAGCGACUUCUUAGCUUUCAUAACGAAUAAAAUGGCCCAAUGUGAGGUUUGGAGGCACGUUUCAGACGCAGAGUUCGAUAAUGCUAAGGAAGGGAUGGAGAAAUUGGUUAUGAACAGGCUGUACAGUCAGACCUUUUCGCCAGCCAUCCCACCUCCUCCACCUGUGCCACAAAGUGCGAGCAGAAGUAAACGGAGAGAACUGGAAAGAAUCCAUGGACCAGGUCGACGGGGCCAGCAUCAGGAGGACGUUGAGCGCGAUGAGAUUUUGGCGCAGAAGAUACGGAUCUAUAGCUGGAUACGACCGGAGCAUUUAGACAUCCCGCCACUGGGUAACAAUGGCCGUCGAUUCAUCAAUCUUGCACAGCAAGAACUGAGCAAAAUCAAGGGUUACAGAGCCCCACGAGACAAGGUUAUUUGCAUUUUGAAUUGUUGUAAGGUUAUUUUUGGGCUGUUGAAGCAUUCCAAGAAUCCCGAUACCUCGGCAGAUUCGUUCGUCCCCAUCCUGAUCUACGUUGUUCUGAAAGCGAACCCUGAACAUCUCGUUUCAAACGUACAAUAUAUUUUACGCUUCCGGAAUCAAGAUAAACUUGGGGGCGAAGCAGGUUAUUACCUCUCUUCUUUGUCUGGCGCCAUUCAAUUCAUAGAGACUCUUGACCGGACGAGUCUAACUGUUAGUGACGAGGAGUUUGAGAAGAAUGUAGAGGCUGCAGUGUCUGCGAUUGCGCAGGAGAAUAUGAAAGCUGAAUCAGAAACGUCGAGCACCCAGGUUACUCCGCGCCCAUCGGCAGAUGCUGAAAGACAUUCCCAAAGACGGGAUGCCGGGCCUACGACGACAAAUGAGGGCGAAAAUGCCCCUGUUGCAGGAUUGCUCCGGUCAAUUCAGAAACCAUUGUCAUCAAUAGGACGAAUCUUCUCAGAGGAUUCAGAACCCGACAGAAGAACUCAACAAAGCAGCGCAAAUACACCACCAUUGCCCGAGCGGGGACCUGCCCCCGAGCGUAUUGAUGCUCAAGAAGCAGCGGCUCGGCAAGCCAGCGCAGAAGCAGCGGAGGCUCGCAGGAUACAACGAGUGGAGCAUAGAGACGUGGUAGAGACAUUAUCAGGCAUGUUUCCGAAUUUAGAUAAAGAUAUCAUUGACGAUGUUGUCCGGAUGAAAGAAGGGAGAGUCGGACUGGCGGUUGAUGCUUGUCUCGCACUGAGUAGUACGGAAUAG